CCUUGAGAGUUUUAAAGGCUGCAAUUCGAUGCACCUUUACUUGGAAGCAAGUUGUGUGGAACUCAGUGGUGCAGGUGGGGACAGAGCAGAAAAGUGGAGGAGGGAUGACUCUGUGCAGUAGCUGUCUGAAAGAUGUGAGGAGGGGAAUUCACUCUGAUGGGGAGCACGUAGAGGCUGCCAUGUUCCGGCCUAGCUGAGCUCCAGCCCGGCAUUCCAUGGGGAGGCCCACGCCAAGUGCUCUGCUGCUCCUCACCAACGUCCUGCUGAGCCUUUUGUCUGCUGCACCCCAGAGUCACCUGCCUCCUGCCCGCUUGCGACUCCUCACCAACUUCGAAUGCAGAGCUAAUGUGCAUGGUCCCCUGCUCCUGUCCAAACCCCGAUGUCAGCAGAAGCUGCAGGAAGGCCCAUCCCGGCCUUUGCCCAUCCUUGCUCUAAGCACAGUUCAGCUGUGCCAUGAAUGCCAGACAUGUGUGCGUGUUCAUUUGGCUCUGAAUGGUACAGGCAUUGAAGGACUGGAACUGCAUUUCCUGGUUCUACGUUCUAACCGUUCUGGCUGGCUUCAGAUCUUGAAGAGACGGAAGCACCAGACAGAUACAGGAAUGUUGGUGCAGUUUGAUUGUUUCCCGGCAGAGAGUGGCCAACGGGUGCUUGUGUCGCUGGAGACUAUUCCAAGUGGGGUGCUAAGCCUCAGCCAAAGCUUUUUCAUCACUAACAAUCAAUUGGGACCUGAAUUCUGCCACAAAUGGCUGCCAGAAGCACGGGCUAUUGAGGUGUCUGUUCCUGAGGGCCCUGCCAUCAGUGUGCGACUCUGCCACCAGCUGGCCCUGGAGUGUGAGGAGCUGCGCCAGCCUUUCCAUCAGCAGGCUCUGGUUUCCAGCCAUCAACCUGCCGUACUGCUGUAUGAGCUCCUGCUUCCUUGCUUAUGUAUUGAGGCAUCGUAUGAGCACCACGAUGGCGUGCGCAAGAAUGUGUGCCCGUUCCAGGAUCAGCCAGAGGCCUAUGGUACAGAUCUAUGGUCCUCCGUGCAGUUCCGUGACUACAGCACCAGUGACAAGGCUGAAAUGGCUAUGUCUCUGAGUGGCCGGUGCCUGCUUUCUCUCACUGCUUCCCUCUGCUGGAAAGAAAGUGCCACUCCGGAAGCAACCUGUCAAGACAUUCCCAAUUCCACGAUCACUGGAUUAGAUCAGGAGUACAUCCUUGAGGAUGUGGAUGUUCAUCCUCAGCUCUGCUUUAAGUUUUCCUACAGGAACAGCAGCCACAUUGAGUGUCCACACCGGACAGACACUGCCUGGAAAGUAUCUGUGAGUGUGAAGUUUUUGCAGCUCCACUUACAUUUUCACUCCCGCGUACCAGCAUCCUUCAGUUCAGCCUUUUGUCAGAAGCAAUCCCCAGGGCAAUGUGAGCUUGAACCACCCCUCUAUACCAUCACCCAUCGAGAGGGACCGGGCCUGGGAGAUCUGGAUCUCAUCCUCCCUUGGCAGGCCUUGAGGAGCUGUGUACUGGUCUGGCGUUCUGAUGUGCGCUUUGCUGGCAAACAGCUCCUGUGCCCAGAUGUUACUCACAGGCACUGGGGGCUGCUGGCCUUUGGAGUGAGCCUGGGACUAGGAUUGCUGCUGGUCACAGUCCUUCUGCUGAUUCGCUGUGGUUUACGCAGGCUUCAUAGAGAUGUACCCAGCAAGCACAAUUCCCGUCCCAUCCUGCUGAUCUAUUCUCCUGAUUCAGAGGAGCACAAGCAGUUGGUCUGUGCUUUUGCUGCAUUGCUGCGCUCUGCCCUGUGCUGCCCUGUGCUGUUGGACCUCUGGGAGCUGGGCCACGUGGGGCGACUCGGCAUCUUGCCCUGGAUGUACGCCCGGCGAGAACAUGUCAGCCGGGAGCAGGGCCAGGUGCUGCUACUGUGGAGUGUGGGCAGCGCUCGUGCCUAUGGUCUGUGGCAAGGGAAGAAAAGUAGAGAUGGCGGGAAGGUGCCGGAGCCCCAUGACCUGUUUGGGGCAGCAAUGGCCUGUUUGCAAGGUGAACUGCAGGGUAUGCCUGGGACUGUGCAGCAGAGUGACUGGGUAAUAGCCUACUUCAGUAAACUGUGCGGCCGACGGGAUAUUCCCCAUGCCCUACGCUUUCUUCCCCGCUACCGCCUGCCUCAGGAGCUGCCAGGCCUGGUCAGAGUACUGCAGGGCCCUUCCAGCUCAGCACCCAGCUGGCUCCAUGCCAGUGCCAAGGCCCUAGUGUGCCACCUGCUCAAGGCUGAGAAGAAGAAAGGUCCCCGGAGCCGGGUGUGUCAGCCUUGGAGGACAACCACAGAGAGGCUUGCACGCUCCCUUGCUCCACUUGCUCAUCCCAAACUGCACAGGCCAAACUGCACUUGAGUGGCUGCUAAGAGAUGUGGGUCCUUCUCCCAUGUGGAGCGUGUGGGUUGUGAAAUGCAGCUGCCUAAAGGUUACAGGCAUUUCAUAGGGACAAAGCAGGGCUCAAAAAUGGCUGCUCCUUUAUGGAAUGUAGAAAGCCAGGCUUUUGUAGCCUGCUGGGCCUGUGAAUCUAGAAAGGAAGGGCCAAACUCAGCCAGGUAUCUUAAGCUAAAGAGAGGUUGCUCUGUUCACGGUGGCUGCUUUCACACAUGGGGCUAAUAGCGCUAGUUUAACGGAUUAAAAAGGUAGUGCUUUGUUUCGGAUUUCAAAAAUCCCUUUCACAGUGUAGUACCUGUUAUACCAGCAUUUUGCGCAACAGUCUUUCACACACAGAGCAGAGUUUUUCCCCUCCCUUCAUUCGGCCUCACGCGACACCAGAUGAGCAGGUCUUCAUCUACCUUUGGCUUGAGGCCUGUUCUUUCGGUGCGUAGGGGGGGGUGAAAGAGGUGUGAUCGCGAUCAGCUGAGAGGCGGGGCAGCGCAGCAGCAGAGGCUCUGGUUGAGCACAAGCAGCAGCAGCACAGGCUGAGCUGGGAGGGCUGUUGGUAAGGGCAGGAACGUACUGCAUGCUGGGAUGGCUGUCACGUGAGCAGCGGCAGCUAGCACAAAACUCCCGCAAUCUUCCGGGUUCCCAGCCUGCUAUCAGAAUUUUUCUGGUAUCAUUUAUUGAGGAAAUUAGCUCUAAACUUCCACUACAUUCCACCAGAAUUCCGGAGCUACCCGUUAUGUCAUGUGAAAGCUCAAAUUUAAUGCACAAAUUAACAGGAAAUAAAUCGUCAGAAUAACGGAAUAAAGUGCAGUGUGAAAGCACCCCAAAUUAGGCCUAGGCCUCUGAGCCCCUCCACCACAAAAAAGAAGGGCCAAAUUCAGCCAAGUAGAGGCUGCUCUGCUCACCAGCUAGGCCUUGUCUCACAAAGUGGCCGUGACAACUCUUGCCGUGCAAAUUAUAGUGCUCCAUAAGUUAAUACUUGUACCAGGCAAGGCAAAGGAAAGGUCAGAAGGCCACUUCAUGGCCUUAGCGCUGGCAGAGGGGCUGUGCAAUAUUAAUGUUGUUUGUAGUCAUGUGUAAUUCAUGUAACAGUCCCCAACGAUGCAAUGUCUGAGAGCCGCCCUAGAGGACAGGAAUGCUGGCCAUACUGAGAGAAGGCCUGACCAGGUAGGCACCAGGGGAAAGCCAAUACAAAUUCAUUGGCUAAUAAGGCAGACUGAAAUCUUAUUGUCUUCACCAGCAGGCAACAAGAGCCAUCACUUCAGGGCUGUUACCACAGGAUUGGCGCCUUAGGAACAUUAUGCCUACACUCUCUAAAUUUUCAGCUUUCUUUUUAAAAAGUGGGUCUCUCUAGCCCCUUAACUUGUGAAGAUAUAACAGACAGCAUGCAGGCAGCGUUCUACCCAAAUGAACACUGUUAAGGAAUGUACAAUUAAAAGUGUAUCAGGCUACCUGUAUUUAUAUUCUGGUUAUCAGCCUGCCUCUCUUGUCCAAAUAAGAACAAAGCAAGCAUGUCACCAAGGAAUAUGUCAAGGGAACUCUUAUUCUGUCAUUUGUGUUGAAUGUGUUGGACCUACUCAUACAUGGGUCCUUGUUUUUCUGUUUUAUCUAUAAUAGGGUAAUAAUUUUUUAAAAAAAAAUAUUUGGCAUAAAGGUCAGUUUUAUGCUCAGUGUGUAUAUAUAAUACCAUUCAUCCUUGAAAAGGCAGAUUGAUUCAUGUCCUAUUGCAAUACACAUGGACUUUGGUUAUCUUUUACAGAACUUGAGGUGCUUCCAGACAGGAGCUUAACUUACAAAUGGGUCAUUGAGAUAUUGCAAACCGGUCAUUAGUAACAGUUGUUUUUUAAAAAUUUAUUGAUUGGAUUUUCUCAAGAAGGGAUCAAUCCACAUUAAAUUGGACAAAAAUGCAGGCUGGUGUUUUGAUUGUCAUGUGUGAUGCUGCAGAAUUUUUUUGCAAAAAUGAGGAGCACCAAUCCACCAUUUCUCAAUUAAACAGGUUUCUGGACCUCAUAGCUGUAAAGGUAAACUCAAAAGCCGUUGGGAAAAAAAAGGCUGCAGAGUAGAGGGGUUCUUUAUGGCACCCUGCCUUUCCCUAAAGGGUUCCAGUCUGCUGGCUUUCUUUCUAAAUGACCAUUGUGGCUCAAGGCCUCUUACCAUUGUAUUUAUUUAUUUACAAAAUUUCUAAACCACCCUUCUGUUGGUGUGUGCGGUUGUUGCGUGAACAGCUCGCGUUACUUUAGAAGUAAAGUGGUCAAGAAAUCCAUAGACAAAGAACUUGGUUAAGAGUCUUUACUCAGACACUAAGGCUUGCAGCAGUUACAAGCAGCUUCAUUCCCCCCCCUUCGGUACAUCAUCACUCUUCAAAAGCAAAAGUACGAAAGACACAGACAGCACUCUAACAUCAACAGUUAGACCUUUUCCCAAGCUGUUAUCUACCGUUACCAUGACAACUACUGGCCUUGGAUGUCUGCUCUCUCAGGCCAGGCACAGCAGAUAAGGCUGCUUCUCCAGACACUUCUUGUAACUUUCCAGACUUUCAGACUUGAUGGAAAAACACUCAGUGACAGUACAGUACAAUGGUCAACACCUUCAUCCAAACGGAUCCUAGGGUAUGUAAAAGAAUAAGCAUAAAAACAUAUUAUUCUGAAAGACGUGAAAUAUAUGAAUAUACCAAAUGUGGCUUGGUUUCUUCCUUUUAUAUAUAGUUUUAAACUCUGGAGCAACGUGUGUGUGUUGUAUUCAUAACAUGCACUCUGCUGCAAAGCAGGAAGGGAUGUAACUCAGUGGUAGAGCAUGUCUGAAACGCAGGAGAGCCACUGCCAGACUGUGUAGACUAGAAAAUAAUGAGCCAGAUGGACCAAUAGUAUGAUUUGCUAAAGAACAUCCUCCUGUGUUCUGUCAUUUGUCUCAAUGUGGUUUACUUCCAUUUGUCCUUAGGGUUACACUGCAGGAUUUAACAACUUGUGAUACAUCACAAGGUUAAUGAAGUCAUGUACAGAUGCUGCCCGAGGGCUUGAUAAACUUCCAGUUAAUGCUGCCUAAUGUGGAUUGCAAACACAGCAAAGGUUGUCAAACACAUGGCCGGCUGUAAUACAAGCCUGGUGGACUGUAUUUGAUUUGAAAGGUAUACAAAGUUGGGUUACAGCAGUCUUAAAAAUCACCUUCUUCCAGUUAGUAGUGUAGUAGGGACAGCUUCAGCCAUAGGACAAGAAAUUCUGAUACUUCAGUUUUCAGAAGUCCAAAUCAGUCCAACUGCACAUAAGCUGGCGUGUAUGUGCCCAAAAGGUGUCACAGAGUAAAGGAAAACCUUUUGUCUUUUAUAUCUCUAAUCUUUUGGAAUAGGACUCUUCUUCUACCCUUUUUGUUGUCCUCUUCUAUUUCUAUACAACAACUAUUGUAUUAGUUCUCUUUGUCCCUACGUACUGGUUGCUGUAUUGUUGCAUUUAAGGUUCUGACCAUGUUUCUAUCUCCUUUUGCUUUUCCUUUCCUUCUCUCUUUAACCAUUUUAAGAGUUUCUUCAGUCAUCCAUUGAGGUCUUUCUCUCUUUUUAGCUAGAGGUAUUGUCUUUUUGCAUUCUUCCCUGAUAAUGUCCCUGACUUCAGUCCAAAGUUCUUCUGGUUCUCUGUCAACUAAGUUUAAAGCCUCAAAUCUGUUCCUUAUUUGAUCUUUAUAUUCUUCUGGGAUGUUAUUUAAAUUGUAUUUUUGCUUUAUGAUUGCUUUAUUGUUCUUCUUUAGCUUUACUCUGACUUUUGGUACGACCAGUUCAUGAUCUGUACCACAGUCUGCUCCUGGUCUUGUUUUUGCACAAAAUAUGGAACUUCUCCAUUUUCUGCUACCAAGUAUAUAAUCAAUUUGAUUCCUAUAUUGACCAUUUGGUGAUGUCCAUGUGUACAGUUGUCUUUUAGGUUGUUCAUAAAAUGUGUUUGCAAGAAACAGAUUAUUGGCUUCACAGAAUUCAGUAAGUCUUUCUCCUGCUUCAUUUCUGUCUCCUAAGCCCCAUUUCACCACAAUUCCUAAUUCUUCUCUGUUCCCUACUUUUACAUUCCAAUCCCCCAUGAUUAUCAGCACAUCUUGUUUUGGUGUGUGAUCAAUUUCUUCCUGUACUUCUGCGUAAAAUCUCUCCAAUUCUUCUUCUGCAUUUGCCGUUGGAGCAUAGACUUGGAUGAUGGUUAUGUCAAUAGGUUUCCUGUUUAAUCUCAUUGAUAUCACUCGCUCAGACCUUGCAUUAUAGCUCCUAAUUGUUUUUGCUACAUCACUUGUCACUAUUAAAGCAACCCUGUUUCUUCUUAAUUUCUCAUUUCCUGCAUAAAAUAUUAUGUAGUUGUCUGAUUGAAAAUGCCCCAUUCCUGUCCAUUUUAAGUCACUCACGCCAAGUAUUGUAAUGUUGAUAUGUUCCAUUUCUUGCUUGACAAUUUCUAACUUUCCCUGGUUCAUGCUUCUCACAUUCCAUGUUCCCAUUGUGUAAGUUGUCAAACUCCAGACUCUUCUUUCGCAUCUGUGUGCAUCAGCCUCCGGGCUUCCUUUCGGCUUUGACCCAGCUGCGUCUUUAGUCACAGUACUACUCAUACUUGUCCUUUGUUCUUCCCCAGUAGCUUGGUGAGUGCCUUCUGACCUGAGGGUCUCAUCUUCCAGCACUAUCUCGUGUUGUAUUUUGGAUACUCAGUUCUGAGCAGUUAAAUGAUCAGUUGUAUGUGUAAACUGACACCAAAGGAUAACAUUGUGUUUAAAGAGAUAGGAAAGUUUGGUCUAUAUGGUGUCUGAUUUAUGUUACCUCAUUUAUCCAUACACAUUUUCAUGAUGCUGUGGUCAUUCACAGAGGAACAUGCAAAUAUGAACUGGAUCCAAAUAAAUGUUAAAUUAGAGCUUUUGGUGGUGAUGACUAUUAUAUUCAGGGAUGGGGAGUUAGCAUCUGUUUUUAAUUUAUCAUAAACUUAUACUUGUUUUGUAAAUUACUGGUAUCUCUGCUGAGGAAUGUAGUAUAUUACAGAUGUAAAUAAAUGGCAUAAUAAAACACAGGGUUUCCAUAUAAGUCACAUGUUUAGCAGCUGUGCCUGUAACUCAAAAUGAUCUUUGCCACUGAUUUUGUGACAGAGGGUGUGGUGGCACACAUAGCUAGCCAGACACCCAUGUUUCCUGCUUGCCUCGCUUUCUUGAUUUCGGUGAAAGAGAAGCACACAGGUAGAAAAGAAUAACAGAAAGGGGGGCAGGUAAAGGGACUUCUUUUAAACCAGGCUAGGACUGGCGAGGGCAGCUUUGAGAGAACUAGAAAAGGUCCUCAAAUGCAAAGAUGUAUCACUGAACACCAAAGUCAGGAUCAUUCAGACCACGGUAUUCCCGAUUUCUAUGUAGGGAUGUGAAAGUUGGACAGUGAAAAAAGCGAAUAAGAGAAAAAUCAACUCAUUUGAAAUGUGGUGUUGGAGGAGAGCUUUGCACAUACCAUGACUGCAAAAAAGACCAAUAAUUGGGUGUUAGAACAAAUUAAACCAGAACUAACACUAGAAGCUAACAUGAUGAAACUGAGGUUAUCAUACUUUGGACACAUAAUGAGAAGACAUGAUUCACUAGAAAAGACAAUAAUGCUGGGAAAAACAGAAGGGAGUAGAAAAAGAGGAAGGCCAAACAAGAGAUGGAUUGAUUCCAUAAAGGAAGUCACAGACCUGAACUUACAAGAUCUGAACAGGGUGGUCCAUGACAGAUGCUAUUGGAGGUCGCUGAUUCAUAGGGUCGCCAUAAGUCGUAAUCGUCUUGAAGUCACAUAACAACAACAACUCCAUCUAGUACAGGGGUGGAGAACCUUCAGUUAUGAGGGGUUAUGGCAGUUGUAAUUCCUGCUCUAGAAUAAAUGGAACUAGAUUUAAAUUAAGCUCUUUACUACUAGCAGGUUAAUGAAUAGUCUGGCGGAUGUGGGUCCAAUCUGUGGAUGAGAACCAGAGCAGAUAGCUCAUAGGAUCAUCUAUUUUCUAUACAAAGGCAGGCUGACCCUUCCUUCCUUCCUUCCUUCCUUCCUUCCUUCCUUCCUUCCUUCCUUCCUUCCUUCCUUCCUUCCUUCCCAUGCAUGUUGUGGUCAGAUCCAAUCUUUGGGAUUUUUAAAAAAACCUCUAUUGCUGCUACCCGAGGAGGUACGCCUGGCGCCGACACUAUUAUCUUUUUGGCGCCAGGUUAAAACCUUUCUCUUCUCUGAGGCAUUUUAAUCUAAGUUAUUUAUGUAAAUGUUGUAAUUGGUAUUUUAGAUGAUGUACUUUUAUAUUUGUUAUAUUGAUCUUGUAAUUUUAUUAUUGUAUAUGUUUCUAU